UGUUGAGAGAAUGAUGAAUUCCGCGAGCAUUUCGAUGAAAACCCGAGGUUUCAGUUUUAAGUGGCUUGUCAUCACUGCCGCUUUGCUCCUUAGUACUUGGUGCAGUCGAUGUACAUUGGGGGCACCACUUCCGUUGGCUGACUCGAGUGAACCCUCCAAAGAAGUCGUUGAUUCAGUCACAUACGAAACAGCUCUGGAAUGGAUGAAAAAGUACAAGGUUUUUAAACCAGGACAAGACAACAACUUUACCGAAAUGAUCUCAAACGUACAGCGCAUGGCUGGGUUAAGUGUCACCGGGGAAUUGGAUUUCGACACCAAAAAACUGUUUGUCAUUCCUCGAUGUGGAAAUGUGGAGAAAAACGACGAGCCACACCGACAUGAAGAGAAAAAAGGAAAAAACAAACGUUCUGUUUACUUUCAAAGAUACGUGGACCUGUUUUGUGCAGCUCGAGGGGAAAUGAUCUCAACAAUUAUGUCCCACCGAUAUGCUGUGGGACGAAUUUCAUUGCUGAGCAGAUUGUUGCGACGUUUGGAGAUUUAUGUUCCAGCCGGAUCAAGAUGCCGAGUUACGAAGCGCUCGACUCAAGAUGACCAAAAGAGCAAAGUUCUUGUUCGAUUUGUGAAAGGAUCACAUGGUGAUCCGUACCCAUUUGAUGGAAAAGGAGGAACAUUCGGACACGUGUUUAAUCCAGAUUCCAGCAAGGAUUUACCUGUUGAGGUCCAUUUUGAUGACGAUGAAACAUUCACCACAGGAACAGACAACGGCAUCAACUUAUACUGGGCGGCGGUUCAUCUACUUGGACACACUAUGGGUCUGAAACACUCCCGCAAUCAGGAGUCCAUUAUGUACCCCUGGUAUAAAGGUUAUCUGCCGGACUACAAGCUGAGCAGGGAUGAUACUCAACAGAUACAGGCCCUGUUUGGCACAUCUACCGCGACUGAUGUAAAGAACGCACAGGGGAUUCUACCAAAAGUUCUAAAACAACAACUCAACCCAAACAAUGAAAAGAUCACUAAAGCGGCAAAAGCCAGAAAAACAUCGGCCCAACUGGUUACCAAGGAAACUAUCAGCAUGACAGCCGAAGGGGUACCAGCGGAAGCCUAAUUGGCCGUUGACAUUUGGAGGGAUGUUCCCAAAACGCCAGAUUAGUAGUUUUAACUCGUUCAACCAAAUAGCUCUUUUAUUUCUAUUAAAAAAGUUAACCUUUUUUCUUUAACUGAAAUAUAACCGUGACUUGAUUUAUUAACUUAGCAGCUAUAUAGGAUACUUGACUAUGUAAUAGUUUUAACUCGUUCAAAACUAGUUUUUUUGUUUCUUUACAAGAAGUUAUGCUUUUUCUAGUAACCGAGGUGUAAGUUGAUAUAUUAGCUUACCAGACACAUAGAAUGCUAGUCUAUAUGCUAAGUUUUAACUAUUUCCAACGCGGUAGCCAUUUCUCUUGCUUUGCGAGAAGUUCAAGUUUUUCUUGUAACUAACAUAUAACUUUAUGUAUUAGCUUACAAACUCUACAGAAUGCUAAACUGUUUGAAUGGUUUUAAAAGAUUAUACAAAGUAAGGGUCUUUUAAUUCUUUCAAGGAGUUGAAGUUUUUCCUAUGACGAUAUGUAACUUGAUGUAUUAGCUUAUCAACUACAUAAAUAUCGACACAAAC